AUGCCGCCGACGCAGCUCCCCGCCUCGGGGAAUCCCCUCGUCUUUUUCGACAUGACACUCGGAGGCGAGCCCCUCGGCCGCAUCACAUUCGAGCUCUUCAACGACGUGGUGCCCAAAACGGCCGAGAACUUCCGCCAGUUCUGCACCGGCGAGUCCAAGGACGCCCAGGGCAAGCCGCAGGGCUACAAGGGCUCCAGGUUCCACCGCAUCGGCGGGGAUUUCCUCCAGGGCGACGGCACCGGGUCAACGUGUAUAUGGGGCCUCAAGACGUUCGAGGACGAGAAUUUCAAACUUCGACAUGACCAGCCCGGUCUCUUGUCCAUGGCCAACGCGGGCCCCAACUCCAACGGGUCCCAGUUCUUCAUCACGACGGUGCCCACGCCCUUCCUCGACGGCAAGCACGUCGUCUUCGGCAAGGUCGUCGACGGCAUGGACGUCGUCCGCAAGAUGGAGCACACCAAGACGGGAUACAAGGGCAAGGACGUGCCCAACAUGGACGUCGUGGUUGCCCAGUGCGGCCAAAUGUGA